UGCAAACUGUUUUUGCCAGAUCACUUUCAUUCAGUGCAGUGCAGUUACGUACAACUCGAGGACGAGAAGCACACUACUACUACGCUAGUAGGCUACCUAUUAUAAACCUAUCUACCUACCAUCCAGCAUCAUACACACACGGCUCUCCGCUACCACGUCUCAUUACUUUACUGCAUAUUAUUUUAUCAACCAACUCAUUUUCUUAUUAUUCUGCUGUCAUUUGCUCCGACUUCAAAAUUAUCUCCUGAACAAUACUUCAAUUUCGACCCUUUCUGGAAAGUUAUCUUCCGUAGCUGGAGCAUAGUUCAAUCUCCGCACCGAAAGGGGGACUCGAUCCUUCAAGAGUGAGGACUGUUCAAGUAGUGUAACCCUUCUAGUACAAAAACGCAAGAGUUAAUUGUUACAUAAUUUUUACGACUACAUAAAGAAUUAACAUUAUAUUGGUUCAUCUAUGUUACAUUGUAUUUUUAAUUGUGAAUUCGCUUGAGCCUUAUUAUUCGGCCCGCUCACAACCAGAAACAAUUUUCUUCUGGGCUAAAACUCGGAAAAGUACAAGACGUGUAAAAAUAAGAAAAGACAUUAAAAGUUCAAAUCCUGGUGGUAAAUGGUGUAUUAAAGGUGGAUGUGCUCGUUCGUGCUAUCAAUUUUUUUUGGCAAAUUUUGUAUUUGCACGUGCUAGAAACAUUCAAAUAGGUAUAUACAAAAAAGCAUAUAAAUAUGUAAGUACAUGAAUUUAUGUUUUACAUGAUUUGGAUUUUCUUACAGAUUUAUGGGUAUUGGUUUUCAUGCAAUAUCCUUGAUUUAUAAUUGAUGCUGGUCAUCGCAUCCAUAUUUCAUGUGCUCGGGACAGACACAUGAAAUCACAAAUUUUAUUCAACUCUGCUGUUGUGACAAAAACAUUUCCGAAAAUAAUUUCUGCAAGAAAAGUGCUAUUACAAACUGUGCCCCUUUAUUAGCGUACAAUUAAUCAUCGAAGAAAGUACAAAAGUGUGAGUUUUAUUCUACUCCAACAUGACGUUGGAGGGGUUAUGUACAUGUGGAGUGGGUGCUACCACGAGGUGCAGGCAAGCUUUGGCUAGUGACUUGAUUUUAUGCAGCUUUGGCUGUGGGAAAGUCAGGAGAUAAGGCAAAGAGCUGGACUCGUUCGUACGAAGAGAUAGAGAAAAAAACGACGGCUUUUUGAUUCGGGAAGAAACUUUCUCAGUGGAUUUUACUUUAAACAAGUGGGUUUCAAGUUCCCAGCUAAAUGACACCGGAGCAUCGGUUCCUUAGAAGAUACGUGGCAAACGUGUAGAGAAGUUGGCUCUGAGCGGUUCCUCGUGUUGUCAAUUUAAGAGAGAAUGGGCUCAAGACAUCAGUUUCAUCUCAGAUGGAGCAACUACGGUCACAAUCUGGCAAACUCCUUUGUCCGACUAUUUGAGUCAGAGAGUCUAUCAGAUGUAACCCUCUUUUGUGAAGGAGAAAGCUACCGAGCCCACCGCGUGGUAUUGGCUGCGAGUAGUCAGCAUUUCCAAGAGUUGUUUGAACAAUGUUCAUCGGCUCGGGAUUUGGUGGUCAUCCUCGACGGCACCAGUCCUGUCAACCUUCGUGCAUUACUUGAAUUUAUGUACAAAGGCGAGGUUUACAUCGAUGACGCCAACCUCAACACUUUCCUUCAAACCGCAAAACGGCUUCAGGUGAAAGGGUUGUCACUCUCUCAGAACGAUUUACAAAGCAUAUCUACAGACCCAGGGGAUGAGAGAGGAUCGGGUGGUGGUGGAGGCGGAAAUGGGAACGGUCCCGUUCAAGAGAACCUUCUGACCCAAGCCUUGGGUCCCUUACUCCAAUCCCCUUCCCAACAAAACCAGAACAACCAUCAACAACAAGGACCAGGGGGUAAACAACCCAAUAACAGCAACUCUGGCCAAUCCCCACCAAACUCAUUCUCCUCCCCAUCUCCAUCCCAGACACCUCCAAAUCCUCCAACAGGCUAUUAUGGAGGUGGAGAUGACAGCAAGCACAAGAAAAAGUUUCGAAUUUCGGCAUCUCCUAAACACCCAAGCCCAGAGGGGAACAUUCCAGACGGAAUGGAUUAUGGAGGGGGAGGAGGUCACCACUCACAUCCUCCACGACCUUCUGCUCCUUUGCCCUCUCCCUCAAUGAAUUCUAGAAUGAUGGAAAUCGAUCAAAGGCCGACAAUGGGAGGUUUUCCAGGAUUUGGGCCGAGCAUGUAUCCCCCAACCGGGCAGCUGGGUCCUCCACCUUCGCCACAAUCACAUUCUCAGACUCAACAUUCACAGUCGGCGCAGCAGCAGACAAUUGUUAUCACGGAGAACCCAAACAUUCGCAAAAUUCGAAGUGCCAGUACGGAGAACACCAUGCCUGAAGAUCUCAGUAUAAAACUGGAAGUUGGUCGGGAUGAAGAGCUUGGGGUUGGAGGAAUGACGGGGAAGCAGAGGUCGUUUUCUAUGGACCUGUCGCCCUCGGAUGGACCGCCAUUUGGUUCCAUGCCGGGUCCCUCCGCCGUGUGGUCACUCCCAUCCCCCUCUUCCGCCCAGCACAUAACAACACAUGACCUCAGCCUGGAAAAUGCUCAAUCCACUGCUGAUGGUAUGGCUCAAUAUCAUACGACAAAAAAUGGUACGGACAUCGAGCAAGUCUCCGAAAGGAAGAAGCUAAAAUGCCCAUUUUGUGAACGGUUGUACGGGUACGAGACCAAUUUACGAGCUCACAUUCGACAACGUCAUCAAGGGAUUCGAGUUCCAUGUCCGUUCUGUACGAGGACAUUUACCAGAAAUAACACAGUGAGACGUCACGUGGCACGGGAACAUCGGGCGCUGCUUGGCGGUGUGCGACCAUUUCAACAUCCCCUCCACCCAGAUCAGGUGGGCGGAAAUCAUCCCCCAUUCGGGUCCCCUCCGUCAAACAACUCCAGUCCGAGUCAGUGCAGUCCCAACACGGGUACUCCUACGUCAAUAGGAAAUAAUGGGACAACAAUGUCAGGUGGACAGCUUAUCAGCACCGGAGGUAUGAGUAGCCACGGUCAUCAUAUGAACUCACAAUCUGAACGAGCACCUCUCUCCCACGUGUCCAACAUGAAUAUGAACAUGGGUGGUGCAAGUGCAGCAGCCAUUGCGGCCGCGGUGGCAGCAGCCUCUGCCUCGUCGAACUUGCCCCUGCCCCCCUCCUCCCCUCCGCUGAGCUCGGCGAGCACAGGGAGCGGGAACAGUGGGAGGGACCAUCACGGGCGGGAGCGGGCAGACAGUCUGGGCGGAGGAAGAGGGAUGCGUGGAGGGGACGCGGGGUCAGAGGGUCGUCCCUCUUCUCGAACCUCCUCCAUAGGCUCCAAACCGGUUGACUGACAUUUAGCUCUGCUCCAAACCAAGUGGGCCUCCUUCAUUCACUCCCACAACGCCUACAACAACAACCACCUUGGUUGAGGAUUACUUGGAGAUCAUCGACCAAGCACAUAGCAUAGUAGUCAAAUAUGAGAGGCCCGCUUCUGCUAUCGAUCCAUCGACCUAGGAAUAGUUAACUUGCCAUCAAUCAAUCAGAAAGUAGAAAUUAUAAUUUAUCCUAAGUCGGGACAAUUCCUAGGUUUCUUGUGGUGGAUGACAGAAACAACUACAAAUUAUGAAAGUAACAUUGAGCACCCUUAUUUUUUAGAGUCAGUCGCAAUCAACCGUGUCAGGGGUAUUAAAAAAUGACGAUCUUACAUCAAAAAACUAACAAGAGAAUUUUCACUCAGUCGUAUAUAUAAAAAACCCAAAGGCCAAGUAAACAGUUCAAAUUACAAAAAAGUUCCACGCGUCAACUCUAAUAUAACAAUGAUACAAGUUCUGGCCACAUUAUAUACACAGGAUUGAGCUGGAAUUACUAUAAGGCUAACAAUUUAGAAUUUACAAACAAACCCAUAUAAUCAUAAGAGUAGAUGAAUACAUAGGUACAAGAUAGGCUAAUAAUAUGGUAGGAAGCUUUAUCAUGCUUUUACUAUUAAAUUACGUAUUUUAAGUACAGUACAAGUAAUAUCGUAAGAUUCUUAAAAAUGAUAAGUUUUUGGUCGAGGCCAAUAAGCUAUAUCUCCUCAGGUUUAGAAAUAUAUAAUCAUCGUAAAUCAUAGCAGGGCGACAUAUUGUAUAAAAAUGAAGCAAGCAAAGCAAAUCAGACGAAGUUUUGACUUCGGAUGCUCAAUAUGUGUUCAUCAUCGUAAGUUAAGUUACUUGUAGAGAAUAGUUUAUCAAAUCAGGUUACAACUCUGCAUAGAAUUUUUGCCCCACCAACCAGCCAACCCAACCGUUAAUUUUUUUGCGACAAGACAAAGACAUACACACAGGAAUUGAAAAUAUCUACCUCCAGCGAAUACUAUUUCGAAUCUAUACAUUAGUAACAUUAGAAAUUCAGGAUCAGUAACCAAUAACUAAUAAUUUAUACCCACGUCAUUCAUUAUUUAAUAAUGAUCAGCUAUUUAACAAUUAUUGCAGAUCUUAUGACGUAUCAUUUUUAUUAGAGACAUAGAGAUCCAAUCAAAGAUAUUCCUUAUUAAAACUAAAAACGGCAGUACAAUCGCAUCGACGACGACACUAUACUAAUUACAUAACUACCUGCACAAGGAAAAACCGAUGGGUUAAGCAUAAAUGCCAAACUCACAAAAGAAGCCAACAAAAAAUCCCAGCCCAUCUGCUAGUCUGCUGUCUCAACUCUCUUGAUGCAAAUUCAAGAAUGUGUACGUAUUCUCCGGUGUUAGGUAAAACUACAAGUUUCAAAACUUUUUUAUGCAACCAUCUGCAAACAAAUCUGAAAAAAAUCCAGAUUCCGUGCAUAAAUUUUAUGUGCGCUCGUGUCGAAUCGAAAAAUUUGUGAAACUUGUGCCGGAAAUGCAGACACGCAGAGAAAAUACAAAGCAGUCCAUCAUUAUCAUCAUGAACUAUACAAACUCCUUAUUGAGUAUAGGGUUAAAUACUAUGCAGCUUUCCAUGUUCACGAAAUUUAAAAUUAGGAGGAAUCAUUAAAAAAAGACAGUAACUAUUCUGGAGUAAAUGCCUUUAGCAAAAUAUAAAAUAUUGCAAAAUCAAUCUGCAGGAAACCAAUCUAUGCAUCAACUCAGAGGUUUUUUCUAUUUAACAUUAAGAUUUAACAAAAGAAAAGUGAGUGCAUGUCAGUCCAGACGAUACUGUAAUAUAAUAGUUUAACAACACUUUCUUGAAGUCGUUGCAGAGUGCUAUGAUAAAAACAAGCCAAAAGAACAAUUAGAAAACGACAACCAAACUCAAUGUACAAAGCAAUUAAUUAUUUCAUAACACUUGCAAAGGAAUUAAUUGCAUUUUCGAAAAAAGAGGCGGGGAACGGUCUGUUCUGUUGUUGGCAAUGGAAUCAUCUCAGGAAUUAGUUUAAGGUUUAUUGUUGCAGGAACUACUUUUUAAAAAUUAUGUAUACUCCUUGUCGUUACUUUUUUUAAAAAAAUAACAAUAAGCAUAAUAAUAUUUAUUUGGGAAAGUACAUACAAACAAUUUUUGUAUAUGAAAAUCUCUGCAGGAAUAUCGAUACAAAGAAAUAAGCAAUUUUUUAAGUGUUAGAGAAGACACCUUAUAGUGCUUUGAUGAGUAGAUUUAAUUAAAUAUUACUUUUAACGUGACAAAUUAAUUAGUGCGAGUUUGGAUAAGAAUAAUUUAAUGUGUAGCUCCAUUUUUAUCAUAUAUUGUUAGCGUAUAGCAUAGCUAGCUUGGUCACACAGAGUACAAAAUAUCUCAGUGGAUGGACUCCCUAAUAAGUCUAAUUAUUAUUGUUGCUUUAAAUAAUUGUUUCCGUGUCCCUCAACAGAAAAAAUUAAGGUUUACAAAUACAUAUAUUCAGCUGAGGAGUACAUCUUAUUCGCCGAUUCACUAUUUAAAAAUAUGUUGACCACGUUUUUUUAUUUGAAGGGAAAAAUGAAUUUUUCUUUUGAAAUUACAAUAUUCCUUCGUUAAGAAGUACAACCCACAUCUUGUCAAUCGUCCUUUGUUAGGUCAGUGUAAAUGUUAAAUAAUAAAAGUAAUGUUAGAGACAGUUUUGGUUGGUAAGGUUAGGGGUGCCUGGCUGGUUGUAUAUUCAUAUAUUCGAAUGUGUGUGUACACACAUAAUGUAUUCCACACUCUGGAGGAGAAAGCUUUCAAGAAAUAGAAUACGGGUUAGAGAUGAUUGAAUGCAAUUUACAUGUUGCUCCCAUAAUUUAUUCGUUCAUUGUAUAUGUACGCAGGGAAUAGUUUUAUGUGAACGAACGGGAAUUAAUUGUUAGAAUUCUUGGGUAGUCGGUUGAAGGGAAGAAGGGUAAUACAUUUGCAUAUAAAUAUUAAUAGGAAUUAACGAGAUCUGGAAUCGAACAUCAAAGAAAAUAAGGUAUAAAAACACAUGAAAAAGGUUUUAGUAAAUUAAGGUGCUGAUUUACGUGAUUAGAAAAUAAAUGUGGUAUCAUCAUUCGACGUCGGAAUAUACAUAUAUGUAGGAUUUGUUACCCUUUUUGCAGUAAGUCAAUGCAGUGAUUGGUAGUUCCCUCAUACGGGCAGAAAAGGUGCAGAACAGGAACGGUUAAAUUUCUUUAAAUUGCUUCAUGAUAAGAAGAACCAAGCAAUUUGAACGACGAUAUUAAUUACACAUCGUCUAUAGCUUUACACAUUCAAUUAAUAAAGUUGAGGAAACACCGCAGUAUGAAGUUUUAAUUGUUGCAACAUCAGCAGGAUCUGAAGGGUUUGACAUAGAGAAAGUAUUGUGGACGAAUAAAUGAGAAUGCAUUAAAUUAUGUUUCGCUGACUAAAUUUUGGGGUAUUUGUAUUGUUUUAUUGGGAAAAGUUACUGAACAGUUUUCAGAUUGUUGUGUGAGAUUUGUAUUGAAAACAAAGCAAAUUAGUUGAGUAUUACAAAACACGCAAUAUACAACCAUUAGCUACCUCUCAAGUUCUCUGUGAACAACUCAACGGUUUAUGCAUGAGAUCUUUUACCUACACAAAACUCUCAAUUUUGAAGAUCUGUUUCUGUAACUUUUUUCUUAAUUUCACGUGACUUAUUUGACGCCCUAAGAAAUAUUAGUGGAUUGGAAAAUUAUUGAACUUAAUUAUGUAUGCAUGUAUGUAUGUAAGCAUAUGGAGUAGAGAGAAUUCGGUCGGGAAAGACAAAGGAAAAUAAGUUACAUAAUAAUUCGAAGGUGCUUUCUCCUCGUAAUUUGUAUAACUUAUGUCGUGACCAUGCAGGAAUGUGGCAAAGUAAAUAGUUUUGGUGUUUUGAACAUCAAGACAGUUGAAACUUGUUAUUAUCUGAUAGUCAUUGUGACCAUGCGGAAUAAUUAGUUAUGUUAUCGUGAUGGAGUGAUGAGUAAGAUUUCGUGAGUGGCGUUAAUUGUUGUUACCUUGUAAAAGUUUAACAUUAAGCGUGUAUGUACUCACGUAGUCACUCUUUGACAGAGUUUCCUGAACAUGGAAGAUGAAAAAAUUCAUUAAAGCAGGCUUUUAGAAAUUGUAUUUAACCAAAUUUUGCCCUUGAUUAUUUUAGAAAACGACCGCAGUACGUACCUUUGCGUCUUAUUAUGACUUUAUUGUGAAUUUUGUGUGGUAUUAUGGAAUUUGUAUGUGAUCUGAGAAUUGAUUAUUUUGGUUGAGAGAUUUUAGUUCUUAAAUACCUGAGAAGGAAUGCGAUGAUAUGUAUGAUAUGAUAUUGAGUUUUUGUUUUUAUUAUUAAUGGAAACAUGUGAAACCCCAUAAUUAAAUAGUUAUAUUAUUGGUAGGUGUUGUACAUAAAAAUACUUGUAUAAUAAUAUAUCUAUAUGUCUAGAAGCGUGCAUUUGUUUUCCUAGAUUUAUGUAAUUUUGUGUACAAGUACAGUACGAAAUACCUCUACAUAUACUAACAAAACGGGUUCAAUGUAAAUGUAAGAAUUUCAGGUAAUUGUACAUUAGUGCAAAUUAAUUAGUUAACUAAUUCUUGAACUUGAAGGAGGUUUAUAAACACUGUUAUUUUAUGACCAGCUUUAUUAUUUUAUUUUAAACCAUUUUACUUCAAGACGUAUAGUUAAGAUUUUUGAUUUAUGUCAUCUACUUAAUUUUCUGUUUUGUCCAGACACUGGUGAGGACUGCAUAUGCACCAUAUGCAGUUUUGGUUCUAGUCAAUUUAUUUACCAACAAAGAUUUUUACAAAUUAUUUUUAAGAAAGGAAAGGUUGUUUCAGGGCGGAUAUUGUUUGUGUUUGGAAAUAUUUAAUCAUGUAAAAUUUGGAAAAUUUGAUAAACAUUGUUAACAAAUUCAAAUCAGUAGAAAUAAAUUUUAGUUGGAUGAUACAUUUUGUUGGUCAAGUUGAAAAUGAGUUGUCUUCUCAUUCUCAAGAGGAAGAAAAGAGUUAAAUUUACAAAUACAAAGUCGGAGUUCGGAUGCUUAAGAAAUGUAAAAUAUAUAGCCGGCUUAGUUGGUAACAAAUAGAUGUUAAUUAUUUAUAAGGUUGAUAAUGUUAAAAAUAGAUAACUCUCCUUCAUUUCAAUCAUAAUGGUCACUGAGCAUUACUGAGCAAAUCAAUCAAUCAGAAUUGCUGGUGCCAAUUGCUGAUGUAAAGUAUACCUUAUUGCAAUGUCAUUAUAACACAUAUUGUGUAAGUUGAUAGCAUAAAUAAGGAGAAGCCAAUAACGCUUCGACAAAGUACAAAUGAUUUUUCAUUCACCCGUUUCCAUUUCUGUCCUUUCUCUGUAAUAAAAAAAAUCUUUCCUGAGUUGCCAAAUUGGUAAAAUUCUCAUUUUCGCGACGGCGACACAUCGCGAUUAAUACAUAGGUAUUUAAAAGAAUUUGGUGCUAGACAGACAGAAGGUGUAGUAGAGUACGUAAGAAUAUGUAAUGUUCCUUCAUCCGGAAGUCUUUUUUUCUUUGUUUCUGUACUAUACAUAAUUGUUUCUUGUACAGGACGACUUUAAGGAGCUUACAUAUAAAAUAUAAAGCAAGGGUUUCUAUACUCCAUUUUCCAAUUAAUGAAGGUAAUCUCUGUAAUGAAUUCGAAAUAUGUCCACACUUUAGAGAAGGAAAAAUUGAUAACCAAAUUAUUGGCUAAGAAUACAUAAAUCAAAAUGAAUGUCGGCAAAUUGGGCUUUUACAGGAAGAGAGGAAUCACAAAAAUUUCAGAUUUUAAACUAUUGUUACUCAUUGUUUCUAACAUUUCUCGAUAUAGCCUAAGCUAUGGUGUGUGCUCAAUGUUCAUAAAAUAUUGAAAGGACUGACGACUAUGCUAAUAAAACUUCUGAAGAAAUUUUGUAUUCUACUGAAAUUCGACGUCAUAAAAAA